AUGUCUGCACCAAACGAGGACGAUAUGAGCCAAUCAUCUAAAAGACCGUUGGAAACUGGAUCUUCAGACGACGGUGACAAUAAAAGAGUGAAAACAGAACCAGCAGACCCAAUUCCCCAAAACGACGACCAAUUCAACGAUCUCUUCGACGACCCAAUCUUCAAUCAAAACGGCAACGAAGGCCCAACAGGCGACGCGACCGGGGCUGUUGAUGACAUCGAACUACCCGACUUUCUUCAGGAAGGAAAGACCGAGAAUGCCGGCGAACAAACUGUUCCCAGGAAUUCGGCAUCUGCUUCAGCCAGUCCAGUUGCACAAGCUUAUACUGCACCAGUCACAGCUGCUCACAGUAAUCGUGGCCUGAAUCUGCCCGAGCCCCAAAGACCCAGCUCAGUCGGGCCAGCAAGAGCGUCAGAGCUGUUGAAUAAGGGUCCAUCCAGCACUCUACAAACACCCCAGGUGACUGACCAGAGUAGCGAACCUGGGGCUGGUGCAUCUCUGGGCAGUUCUUCACUCCCGCCUUCGGCAACCCCAAUGUACCAAUCACAGUCCCAGUACCCUUACCUGACCUACGGCAAGGGUGCUGCCACACAAUAUCCAAAUCAAUACCGCCUGUCUCCCGGACAGAGUACGUAUAAACAGGCACCCCGCUUUGACCCAGAAGGACGUAUCCAGCACCCACAGGCAUGGGUGCAUCCUACUCCACCAGUAGUGUUCCUGGGUCCAUCACAACAGAGCAAAGAAGAUCCUGACCAAUACAAGGAUGCCAUCCACGCAGCUGGAGUUGAUAUCCUGCGAGAGGAGGAGUUACUUUCGGCCAAUUACAACAGAGGGCCACUUAGCAUUCAACAACAGCAACUCGCAAAUCGCCAGAGGCAACUAUACGGGCUGGUCAACGCCUUCCUCCAACCAUAUCAUGUUGGUCUCUUCAUGAACAGAGCAGCAAGAGAGAACGGUGUCUACCAGAAUUUCAUGGCUGACCCAGAGAUGCUCGAAUUUGUCUCUGCUUCAUGCAAAGAAUGGCUAUCAAACAUUGUUACGAAAACGAUUCUAUUAGCGAGACACAGACGCCGUGGUAUCCCUGCCUUAACACAGGCUCGUGGCAGCCAAAAGCUGAAGAUCUCGCCUAAUCAAAGAUCCGAUGUUUCAAAAGAAUUACGAAACAUUGCUUUACGUCACAAAGAGCAGGAAGAAGCCAGAGUUCAGAAGCGUCUUGUGCUUGGUAUCGAGAAUAAGGACGAGGUCGCGCCAGAGACCUCUAAUAAAGCAGGUGCCGAGGAAACUCUUCAUAGAGCUGCAAAUGCCACAGCUGCGAUGAUGACAGGCAAUUCGUCAAGAAAAAAAUACUCCUGGAUGAAGUCCGGAGGUGGCGGUGGUGCUGGAGACGAUAGCAAACAGGGUGCUGCUAAGGAUGGAGGAGCGAAGCAAAGCUCGAUCCUCUCUUCCCGUGGCGACAAUGGUUUGCGUUACAGGGAGAUUCGCACGGGUAACAUGGUGACUACGAAAGACUUGCUUGGUGUGCUAGAGGACGAAAGAGUGGGGACGUCGAAAGCUGUUAUUAAAGGUUAUGCUAGGUUGAAGGACUAA